CUCCACAGGCAGCGAGCUUGCAAGGUAGGGUGUGAGGGAGGGAGAGAGAGGGAAGGAGAGAACUAGAGAGAGAGAGACGAGCAGACAGAGAUAGACAGAGCAAGCAAGCAAGAUAGAUAGGUAGGAGAGCUAGAGCAAGAGAAGAAGAAAAAGAGCGAGCACACAAGACAGCGAAGAGAGAGGGUGGGAGUGAGAGCACCAGAGACAGAGGGAGAGAUAGAACGAGAGAGACGGCUCUGUGUUUCCUCAGCUGUUUUCCCGAGGCCAUGGCAGGCAUGGCGUCGGAGCCAGGCACCCAGUCCAGGGUGAUGUUCCAGUCUGCAGACAAAACAGAGGAGCCUCCACAUCGCAAACUGGGCAAGCUGACCGUCAAAUACAACCGCAAGGACCUGCAGAGGAGGCUGGAUAUCGAGGAGUGGAUCGACAAUCAGCUGCACCUGCUCUUUGACUGUGAGGAGGAGGAGAUGCCAGAGUUAGAGAUUGACAUAGAUGAGCUGCUGGAGCUGUCAGACGUGGAGCAGAGAUCCAGACUGCAGGAGUUACUGCAGGAAUGUGGCAAGCCUAAAGAGGACUUUAUUAAUGGGCUGCUUUAUCGGAUUAAGGGCCUACGCAAAAUGUCAGGACCCCUAAAGAAAUAAUGAGAGGUCAAAUCAAGAAUCAAGACAAUGUAAAGCUCCCUCGCCAUUACCUUGUAUUCUGGAUGUCUGUCUGUGCAGUUACAUGUUGAUGGGACCCUCUCUCUGCACAUGUGGGUCAAUGUUGGUCUGUAAAGAGAACAGUGGGUUUUGAUUAGUGUUUUAUAUUACUUUGUUUUUGGACCGUUUUAACGUUUUGAUUCCCCUCAAUACAAAUAAUGCACCAGUAAUUAAAUGUAUUGUCUAUUACCCACAUGGAAAGUUUUUGUGUAAGACUGUAUAUUUUUGUUUGCCUAUUUAUGUACAUAUAUUUUUGUUCUGUUAACAGUGUUGUAUGUCAAUAAAACUUAACAUUUUCAAGACAA